AUGUUUUUCAUUGUAGAAAGUCAAACAACAACUUUAUGGAAUGACACUUAUCCGAAAGGUGAAGUAAUUCGGGUAAAAAACGUCGAUGUUUAUACGGUUGGUAAUAAUACAGAUUCAACUAAAGAUUUAUCGGUUAUUGUGAUCUAUGAUAUAUUUGGAUUCAAUAUAAGCCAAACGCGUGUAUUUUGUGAUCGUCUCUCCGCCGAAUACAAAGUAAAAGUGGCUAUGCCUGAUUUCUUUCGCGGUAAAACAGCAUCGUCACAUAUGAGUAAUCUUAGCGUAGUUUUAUCUCUAAUUGGUAAUUGGUCUCAAGUAUCAACUGAUCUUAGUGAAGUUGCUUCCUGGCUUCAAAACACAUCACCAUCUCAUCGCAUUGCUGUCAUUGGUUUCUGUUGGGGCGGUCUACAAGUUGUUCGAGCCUGUUCGAAUCUAUCGACACUCUUUUUUACAGGCAUUUCAAUUCAUGGUGCAUGGUUGACAGAAGACGAAGUUCGUCACUUACAGCAACCAAUACUAUUCAUAGCUGCCGGUGAUGAUCCGCCGUUGAAGCCCAAUAUUUCGAAUGUCAUUGAAAAAUGGACAAGUCCAAGAGUAGCUAAUCAAUGCCAAUAUGAAACGUAUCCAAACAUGAUACAUGGAUUCGUAUCGACUGGCGCUAAUUAUUCGAACGCUGAUAAUGUUAAAGCUGUCGAUGAUGUACAUGAAAAAGUGAGACAUUUUCUGGAUCGAAUAUCCCGUAAUUCAGCAUCGAGCACAUAUCAUUCUAUGUAUUUUCUUUUGCUUUUCUCUUUCUGUUUCUUCUUAAUAUAA